CUCUCCUCUCCCUUCCUCUCUCUCUCUCUCUCCUCCCCGUUCGGUUCCCAAAUCCCCCGCCUCCGUAGUCGCCGCCCACCUGGCCGUCGUAACCUCCGCUCGGUGGUGACUCGCCGGCUCCGGCAUUGGGGAUAACCUCGCCGGCUCCGUACGUGUUGGCUGUGAUUGUGCACAAUUGAUGUCCUUGGAGCUGAUCGGCCUGUCGGAUGAAUGAUCCUUCCUCUUAAAUGAUCUGUGUCGAAUGGCAAUGAACCGAAUGCAAGGACUUCCCGCUUGAUGGGCUGGAUGCGCUGCAUGCACGUUUGCAGUGACAAGAAGACAUUGAAACGUUGGUUUUUCAUCGACAAGAGGGUUGAUUAAGUGCUUGGCUGUGUGGAAUUCUACAAUCCAGUGCACUUCCCUUGCGUAGUUUGUUACUGUUUUACAACAAGACUGAGAGGGAGAGUUGGGUCUUGUUGAUGGAUUUGAAGACAAGCCUCAACUCACCUGUAAUUGCUGAUCCUCUUCUGACAUUAGCCCUGCCUCCUGCUGUCAUGACUUUCACAACACCUACUAGCUUCCCCUCUCCGGGGCUUUACUUGAAUACUGCAAAGAAGAAGCCUCUGCCUGGUAAGAUCGAAGAAGUUCGCGCUUCUGGAUGGCUUGAUCUCAUGAUGGCCUCGUCACCAACUCGCAAAAGGCAGAUCAAGGAUGUCAUCAAUGAUGUUCAAGCUGAUGAUCUUGAUUUGCAAUAUCGUAACUGGAUGGUGGAGUAUCCUUCUGCUUUGACUUCAUUUGAGGAUAUUAUUGAUCUUGCUGGGAGUAAAAGAUUGGCAUUGUUUCUUGACUAUGAUGGAACUCUUUCGCCAAUUGUGGACAAUCCUGAAAAUGCACUAAUGUCUGAUGAGAUGCGUGCUGCUGUGAAGCAUGUGGCAUCACUUUUCCCAACUGCUAUCAUUAGUGGAAGGUCUCGUGAUAAGGUUUUUGACUUUGUCAAACUAAAUGAAUUGUACUAUGCUGGAAGUCACGGAAUGGACAUCAUGGGGCCUGUUGGGAAGACUACUGCAUCCAACGGUGUGGAAUGUAUUCGGUCCACUGAUUCGCAGGGUAAAGAGGUGAACCUCUUCCAACCUGCAAGUGAGUUUUUGCCCAUGAUCGGUGAGGUGUACAAAAAACUUGGUGAGAGUGUCAAGGACAUUGAUGGUGCAAGGAUGGAAGACAACAAGUUCUGUGUGUCUGUGCAUUACCGUAAUGUAGCUGAAGAUGACUAUCGAAAGGUUUUCCAGCGUGUAACUGCUGUUUUGGAAGAUUAUCCUUGUCUAAAGCUAACCCAUGGGAGGAAGGUUUUUGAGGUCCGGCCUGUGAUCGAUUGGAACAAGGGGAAAGCUGUGGAGUUUUUGCUCGAAUCGCUUGGACUCAACGAGAGUGAAAAUGUCCUUCCUGUCUAUGUUGGAGAUGACAGAACUGAUGAAGAUGCAUUCAAGGUUCUGAAGGCAAGCAACCGUGGCUUUGGAAUAUUGGUGUCAUCUAUACCUAAGGAGAGCGAUGCCUUCUACUCCUUAAGGCAUCCAGCUGAGGUGAUGGAAUUCCUGAGAAAGUUGGCAGCAUGGAAGGAGCAAUCCACCUGAUUGUGGAAGAACAUCGGUUUGGCUGGUCUUGGAGAAGAACCAAGAGUAUAAAUAUUAGCAAGAUUUAUGCUGCUAACCAAAUAAGUCAGCUAUUUGGAGGAGUCAGGCCAAAGCGUUUUUGAUUUGGCAUUUUAUAAGAGGCUGCGUCAUUUUGCUACAUUUUGGUCCCACUUUGAUCUUGUGUCGGGUUUCUCAAGCAAUUCAAUUCUUUAAUUAUUUAGGUUCCUUUAGUAUAUACGAAAAUAUGUUGAAUUUUUUGGUUCUCGCUAGUGUGUUGCUGUCUCGCAGUUUUGCUCUAGGCAAUUGUCUAUUCUGUAUUCGCUGUAAAGAACUGGUCCUUUGUUUAAACAGCUUUUGGCUGUCAAUAUGCUCACACAAAGUCAAGUGAGCACAGACCCUACCUUGCAGGCACGUUAUGUACUUGUUCGCAUAGAUGUGGAACAAAGAUUCCCGAUUCCAAGCAAA